AUGGAGUUAUUCAACUCAGCUUUUGGGGAAAACACCACUUUUGUGCAUUCUGCUUAUUUUAUAAUAAGUGGAUUUAUUGGCAUACCUGAUAUGAAGUAUUAUGCCUCUCUCUUUUUUGUUUACAUAGUUUCAGUGCUGAAAAACAUAACUGUCAUGGCUGUUAUAUGCAUGGAUCAAAAGCUAAGAAUCCCAAAAUAUAUUGACAUUUUUAAUCUAGCAUUUGUGGACCUGAUUGGUAGCUCUGCUUUGGUGCCCAAGGUUCUUGACAUCUUUUUUUUUUUUUACCAUCCCUACAUCUUAUACGACUGCUUGACAUUCAUGUUUUUCUGCUACUCCUGUCUUUCAAUGCAGUCAUUUAAUCUGGUUGCACUUUGUUAUGACAGACUGAUAGCCAUCAUCUUCCCACUGCACUAUCAAGCGAAGGUGACCCACAGGUUCAUGUUUUCACUGAUUGCCUCUUUUUGGCUUUUUAACAUUACUGCUGCUCUCAUUGCUGUUGGCUUUCUUACAAGACUUUCAUACUGUAAAUCUGUGGUUAUUGACAGCUAUUUCUGUGACUAUAGCCUGAUGCACACAUUAGCCUGCAAUGACAGAACUCCUAGUCUGUUCAUUGGUAGGUGGUUUCCAGUUCUUAUUUUCUGGCUCCCACUGGUAUUUAUAUUGUUAAGUUAUGUAUGUAUUGGCUAUGCACUGUUUAAAGUCAUCACAGUUCAGGAAAGCGUGAAGGCCUUUAAAACAUGCACAGCUCAUAUUUUAUUGGUUGCAAUCUUUUAUCUCCCAGUAAUGAUCACAUUUACGUUUAGUGGUGCAAGUAUACAUCCAAAUGCCAGGAUCAUAAACAUGUCUCUGACCUCUGUCUUUCCUCCCAUGUUGAAUCCAAUCAUUUAUGUUCUGCAGACACAAGAAAUCAUACUAUCACUGAAGAAAAUCAAAAACCAAUUCAAAUUCACAGUGAAUAAAAUGAUAAAAUGA